AACACAAUUGCGCCUUCAGUACCAUAACAAUAAGCUGAACGAAGUAAUAUAGUGAAGACAAUACUCCUGUUCAACGACUGUCUUUUAGUAGGGCAGACGGUACAACCUACCACACUCUCUUUUACCGAGUUGGUACGAUGGUAAUCCUCAGUAUAGUGACUGUGGCGGUUGUGAUCGAGGUGAACGCGUACGAAUAGCGGUUUCUGAGAGUGACGACUCGAAUUAUCAGGUGCACGUUUGAUAAAUCCUCCAGUGACCCGACAAAGACAAUUUUAAGAACCAUUAGCAAGUGACAGUUUGUGUUUAUUAAGAGUUUGUUCCUGUUUAUUUAUCCGGGUACUAAGUCGGUCGGACAGAAUUUCCUUAAUCGCAACUUUUCAGGCAGGUGACAGUUGGCCCAGAGACACAUAUUCGUUUACCGAAUAAUAAGGUGCUGUGAAUUAUACAGAUACAGUUUUACUACAUCCUAAGAAAAUGUGACGAGCUCGAUGUAAAAAUGCCAAAAAUUAAAGAAUGAUUUUAAUUGAUAUUAAAUCAUGGUGUCCUGUUCUAUUCUCCCAAUUACUGCUGCACUGCUAAUUGGAGUGGUUGUUUUUGUUGAAGGUGGACUAUGGGCAAGCCCAGCUUUGGAGGAAUUGGAUGAAAGAAAUGAUAUUGAAAUUUAUAGAGCAAUAUUAACUUCUAUGAAUGAAUGGCAAAAGAAGCAAAACUCCAGAAAACAUGAACACAAUAGGAAGAAAAGAGAGGAACCUAGCGUUUGCUACCCCGAUUUGGGAUGCUUCGAGUCAUCAGGCCCUUUCGAAUACCUUGACAUGUUACCUAGUACACCAGAAGAAAUAAGUACUAAAUUUUUAAUGUACCCCAGUCACAAUAGUCGUAAGCGAAGCAGCACGCCACAUCUCGAAAUACCGUUCGGUAAUUUUUCUGCCGCAUUUGAAUGGGCGAAGCAAGGUUUCAAUGCAAGUCUUCCAACGAAAGUGAUUAUUCAUGGAUUUGGAAGUCAUUGUAGUCAUAUAUGGGUCUAUGAAAUGCGAAGUGCAUUACUUGCUAAUGAAGAAACAAAUAUUAUAUGCGUAGACUGGGCAAAUGGAGCAGAACUUCCAAACUAUGUAAAAGCUGCUGCAAAUACUCGCUUAGUAGGGAAACAGCUGUCUAUGCUUUUAAAGGGACUUAUCGACAACGUGAUGCUAAAGGAGGAUACUAUGCAUUUGAUCGGAUUUAGUUUAGGGGCUCAUGUGGCAGGAUUUGCAGGCUAUGAGUUGGGAAACUUGAGUAGAAUAACUGGACUAGAUCCUGCUGGACCCCUUUUCGAAUUGCAAGAUCCAAGGGCUCGUCUAGAUCAAGCAGAUGCUAAAUUCGUAGACGUCAUACACAGCAAUGGUGAAAACCUUAUUUUAGGAGGACUUGGUUCCUGGCAACCUAUGGGCCAUGUAGAUUUUUACCCCAACGGAGGUAGAGUUCAAAAAGGAUGCACAAAUCUUUUCGUCGGAGCAGUGAGCGACAUUAUUUGGUCAUCUGCUAUAGAAGGGAGAUCAUUAUGUAACCAUAGGAGGGCAUAUAAAUUCUUCACGGAUUCUGUCUCUCCAAAAUGUCAUUUUCCUGCAUUCCCAUGUUCCUCUUAUGAAGACUUUUUAGCUGGAAAAUGCUUCCCAUGUACGGAAGAAAGGAAUUGUGGUAACAUGGGUUAUUAUGCCGAUAGAGCAAUUGGUCGCGGACAGUUGUAUCUGGUCACUAGAGAUGAAGAGCCCUUUUGUGCUCACCAGUAUCUUUUACGAAUUGACACAACCAAAACACCACUGCCAAUAAUAAACUAUGGUAAAAUACAGAUUACCUUGGUUGGAGAGGCGUCAAUAAACGAAACGUUUCUUAUGACAAAAAAAGACGAUGAAGAAAUGGUCGCAGGAGAACCUUUGUCGCGGAUUAUAGUUCCCCAUCCCAUCCUUUCAGAAUUUGUUAAGGUAGAAGUACUUUAUGUUGCUUACAGCGGUUGGCUAUCUUCAGGGUUAAGUCAAUGGAAAAUAGACAGGAUAGUUUUAAGUGACAGCGUAGGUUUAAGUUUGUCGGUGUGCAAAAAAGGCUUGACUUUAGAAAGUGGCGUUCCGGUACUCCUUCCGCUAUUUCCUGGGGAAUGCAAUGAACCAAAUUCUAAAGAAAACGAAAAGUACGAAACAAUGAAUGAUCGUGUGUACGACGUUAAAGAAAGUGACGAAACUCAGAAACCUAAGUUCGUACCCACACCUGUAGUCAGAAUAGGAAAUGAAGCAGUUAAAGAUGUGGGUCGAAAAGUGUCAUUUAGAGAUGCAAUGGAAAUAUUUAAUUUACCGUUUCUUGAUAAUCCUCAAAAAGACAAUCAUUUAGAGACGGAACGUGAAAGUAGCAGAGCUUUAAAUACGCGAAUAGUGAAAUUACCUGUCGCAUCUUCUAAUUCUACUGAGGAUAAUCAGGUCACCGAAAUAGUUAGAGAAAUUGUAGAGCCCAUAUUGAAACCACAUUCAAACAAAAUCGGCAGAUCUCAUAAUAUAGGAAAGGAUAAAGUAGAAAUAACGGAACCAAUUCUCAAUCCUUCUAAAAAAGUUCAAUCCACCACAGAAUCCGAAUCGUUUAUACAAAAACUGACAAAUCCUGGGAAGAAGAAAGAGGUCGCGUAUGACUUUUAUGAAGAAGAAUCCACAAGUACUUGGUCCCCAACAUAUGGCCAAAAAAGAGAUGAGAAAUGGAAAAGACACGAUUCUCCUCCAAAUGAGAAAAAGAAGCAGGAACCAAAUGGCUUGAAUAUUAUUUCAAUGACAGUACAAAUUUUACCUCAGAGACUCGCGAGAAUGUUUGAGCAAGCGGAAAAAUACGCACGGGAAACACUAUUCCCACUGAUUAGUACAAAUGCACCGAAAAUCAUUCGAAAUUUCAUAUCUCCAGCGGAAUCAGCUACGAAAUACGUUCCAUUUAUAAGAAACGAAAAACCAGAGAUUCUUAGGUCCAAAAGUGAAAGGGAAGCAAAAUUUGAAGUUUACAAAGAUAGUGGUAAAAAUUCGUUGACUACGAGGCUUCUUCCAGUAUUAAGGAAACAUACAACUACAACUACCACUACAACCACUACCACUACCACUACCAGCACAUCGGCCCCUACCACUACCACCAGCUCUACAACCACAUUGCCAUCAACAACGUCUACCACAACGACAAUUGCUACCACCAAGACUGUUCCCACGACAAGCACUACUACUACUAGCAAGUAUACAACACCUCUGCCGGAACGUACUACUACCCCAUACUCUCAUAUUCAAAAAAUUUCUAAAAAGAGUCAAACUUCGGUCACCUUUAAGCGUGGUACUGUGGGAGAUUUACCAGUAAACGAAUGGGAUAAGAAAGCCAUACCCCCUAUUUUUAUAGAUUUGCCUGUGUACGAAGAGAAACCUGGUGUUAAGUACAUACCUUUAGUUUAUGAAGAUAAUACAAACGACAAAGGCGUCUAGCAUCAAAAACCCAAUCAUCUCUAACAACAAAGUGACUGAUCUAAGCAUCAACGACUGUUAUAAGGAUAUAUUUUUCAUGUUUUGAAAAACAAUAUUGUUGAAUUUUUAAU